GGGCCCAAUAACUGACGGCGGCGUAUAUAAGAGCCAUUCGCCUCUCGUUCCAAACCUCUCUCCUGUCUGUUUGCUUUGCCUCGUUGCAUAGCAAUUACAGAAACCCUAGCUCUCCUCCCAUCAAUACUCCCGGCGGCGGCGGCGGUGGCGGCGGAUUACUUCAUGCUUGGAGCGCUCGUUGCAGAUUCUCGAUUACAGCAUUAAGGGAUAUGGCUUCUCGGAAAAGCAUGCUUCUGAUUACCUACUCUGAGGAAAUUGUGGAUGGUGAACCAAUCAUAGUUUGCUCCAAUAGCCUACCGAUCAAGGUGCAUAGAGAACCAGCAGGACAUGCCUUCCAUGAUGCUGCUCUUAAGCUGUCAGGCCACUUUGUGGAGGUGGCUGACAAGGAUGAAGAUGAUGGCAAGACAGCUUCGGAAGAGAAAGAGCGUGUUUAUGUUCAAUCAUCAGAUUCUUACAGCAGUAAAGGAAAGAAGAAACCUGGUGGCGAUUCAAAGCAGCAAGAUCAUUAUGCCUUGUUGGGGUUGAGUCAUUUGAGGUAUUUGGCAACUGAAGAUCAGAUAAGGAAAAGUUAUCGUGAGGCUGCCUUGAGACAUCAUCCUGACAAGCAGGCUGGUCUUUUGCUCCUUGAGGAAACUGAGGAUGCGAAGCAGGCGAAGAAGGAUGAGAUAGAGAGUCUUUUUAAGUCUAUUCAGGAAGCAUAUGAGGUGUUGAUUGACCCUGUCAGGAGAAGAAUCUAUGACUCCACAGAUGAGUUUGAUGAUGAAAUUCCCGUUGACUGUGCACCGCAGGACUUCUUCAAGGUUUUCGGACCUGCCUUCUUAAGAAACGGGCGCUGGUCUGUUAACCAGGCUGUCCCGACUUUGGGAGAUGAUAAAACCCCUAUCAAAGAAGUGGACAACUUCUAUAAUUUUUGGUAUGCGUUUAAGAGCUGGAGGGAGUUUCCUCAUGCUGAUGAGUUUGAUCUCGAGCAAGCUGAGUCCCGUGAUCACAAAAGAUGGAUGGAGAGGCAAAAUGCAAAACUCUCGGAGAAGGCUAGGAAAGAAGAAUAUGCACGUAUACGUACACUUGUUGAUAAUGCCUACAAACGGGACCCAAGAAUUUUGAGAAGAAAAGACGAACUGAAAGCUGAGAAGUUAAGGAAGAGGGAGGCAAAGGUUUUGGCCAAGAAAAUGCAGGAGGAAGAAGCAGCUAGGAUAGCUGAAGAGGAGAAGAAACGGAAAGAGGAGGAGGAGAAAAGGGCUGCUGAAGCUGCUUCAAAUCAGAGAAAAAUUAAGGAGAGAGAAAAGAAGCUCCUUCGAAAAGAACGGACCCGUCUUCGAACGCUUGCUGGACCUAUUUUGUCACAGCAUUUGCUUGGUCUUACUGAUGAUGACGUGGAAAGUCUUUGCUCAUCUUUUGAUAAAGAUCAGCUCAAAAGUCUUUGUGAUCGGAUGGAAGGAAAGGAAGUAGUUGAGAGUGCAAAUCUCCUAGCCGAGUGUCUCAACUCUGAUCAGAAACAGAAACUCAAGGAUGGGAAGGAAGCUGAGAAAAAUUCUAAACCGAAUGGUUCUGUAGCUAUGAAUGGACAGGUUGCUUACAGCAGCUAUGAGAAAAGGGAGAAACCUUGGGCUAAAGAAGAGAUUGAUCUUUUGAGGAAGGGGAUGCUGAAAUUUCCUAAAGGAACUUCUCGAAGGUGGGAAGUGAUUUCUGAAUAUAUUGGUACAGGGAGGUCUGUGGAAGAGAUUCUCAAGGCUACGAAAACAGUACUGUUACAGAAGCCAGAUUCUGCUAAAGCUUUUGACUCCUUCCUUGAGAAAAGGAAGCCUGCGCCCACGAUAGUAUCUCCUCUUACAACUAGGGACGAGGUGAAGGGUGCUCCCAUUAAUGUCGAGGAGAGUCAAUCUUCGGCUCCUGAUAAUUUGCCAGAGUCAUCAAAUCAUAGUGUAAACAGUGUGAGCUCUGACGACAGUACUGCUGCAAAUGGAGUUUCUUCAGGUACAGACCAAGAUUCAUGGUCCGUUGUUCAGGAAAGAGCUUUAGUUCAAGCUCUGAAAACAUUUCCGAAGGACACUAACCAGCGCUGGGAACGAGUUGCAGCUGCAGUUCCCGGGAAAACUGUGGCUCAAUGUAAGAAGAAAAUUACUGUGAUGAAGGAGAGCUUCAGGAGCAACAAUGUGGCGGACAGAGGCACUGAGGACUCGAAGGACUCGUCCAGUCAGACCGAGGAGACGACCAAGAUCUCAGCUGAAAGUGAAGCUGUAAACGACGUUUCAUCUAGUUCUGAUGCAGACACAUGGUCCGAUGUCCAGGAGAAAGCAUUGAUCCAAGCGCUUAAAACCUUCCCGAAAGACACCAACCAACGAUGGGAGCGUGUUGCUGCGGCAGUGCCUGGGAAAACAGUGAAUCACUGUAAGAAAAAGUUUGCAUCUCUAAAAGAGAACUUCAGGAGCAAGAAAAACGCAGUUUAGUUUCACAAUUAUGUUAGUUAUUGGUUGUGGAGAUGGAGCGAGUCUUGGAGGGUCGAGGUCGUCGAUGCUCCAAUUCUGCUUACACGGGCAUGUUUAUGGCAGCAGCUUCUCUUACAACAUCAUUCGUACGACUAUUAUUGUUGUCAUUUCAUACGGGUAACAGAAACCUUCUUAUUUUGCAAAUGGAGCAAUUUUGUAAGAGCAGAGAGUUAUUUAUAUGUGUUUUAUUUUUGUCUUCGAUUC